GACUCGCAUAUAAAAAAUCAUUACAAAACAAAAACGGAGCUCCUUUCAGUUGUUUCCUCUUCACUCUAAACUCAUCACAAAACCCUCAUUACAUGAUUCACUGCACUCUGCAAAAGGGUUCUGUUAUUUAAUAUUGAGUUUCCAGAAUUAUCUGGAGCUUCAAAUUCUAUGGGUACCACGAAUCAGAGGCAGAAUCCACGACCCGAAGCAUCAUUUUCCGACCCACAAUUUCCAUCCACAUCAUCGUUCUCACCAAACAAGAAAUGUACCCUUGUUGUGUUAGGGGAGAUCGCAUUUUUGUGCCGGCUCGAUAUGGCGAAGAACGUCCACCUGGUUAACACGUGGGCUGACUCGUUCUACCAGUUCACCAGGUCGACGACGUCGUCUUGGUCAACGGUUUCUUUGGCAGAUGAAGCUUGGUACGGCCUUGGUGGCGGCGGGCUUAACGAUCCAGGCUUCGGGCUGGAAGACAGGUGUGAGGCGUUGUUGGAGGAGGAGGAUUCUGUUCCUUAUUCUAGAGAUUUUAAGAAAGAGCUCAUUUUUGUAAAUGGAAUUGACGAGUUAUGUAUCUAUAAAUAUUUCAAAGUUAGACCAAAUUUUCGUAUUCUGCAGUAAUAUUUAUGGCUUGUUUAAUUAAAUUCUUCUUAAACUUUUUGGGAAUUCUGGAGAUGUGCAUAAUAAUGUGGACUUGAAAGCUUUUAUUGUUGAUUAAUUGCCAUUGAUAUAUGACAAUUACUCUUCGAUUUAGGCACUGUUGAUUAAUUGUCAUGGAUGUAUAACAAUCACUCUUCAAUUUAUGGAUGUUUAUCGUUUUCAUUUCACAUGACAUAUGUACUUGCAGUUGUUGCAGAGAAGACUGAUCCUUCCAUAGUGUACUCCCCUACCUAUACACGGCAACCGAAGUCGAGCAUACAUACGACAAUCUUCAUGCGUGAGGAAGGAAAGAAAGGGCGGUAGAUGAUAAUGAGAAAAGGCACCGCGUCUGGAUGGGUGGGGGAAUGGAUAUGUUAUUAUUACAAGUCCAUUGAUGGGGACAAAGAAACUAGACUCAUUAAUGACAAUGACACAUUCCUUUCUGACAUCUUUGGGCUAUUUAUGGUAGAAUGAUCAACGUGAUCAUAAUUAAAUUGACCAUUGAAUAGCAAAUCUUAACUUGCUUUCUUGAAUUUGGGUUCAUUGUCAUUCAAGCCUUUUCUUCUACUCGGUUAUCUAUAAGUUUGUAAUGGGACUUCUUUUGGUGGCUUUCUUGUGGAAUAUUUACACUUUUUGACUCCUCUAACAUGUUUUUUUAGGAGCGGAAGACCUGUGCUGUGGGAUGUAAGUUUGGAUUUGAUACUGGUAAGAAGCCUGAUGCUGCAUUUGGGCUCCCUCAGCAACCUGGCGCUGCUAGUGUGAUUCGCUCAAUGGAGUCAGCCAAAUAUUAUGCUGAGAAUAGCAUUGAUAUGGCACGACGGAGGAGAUAUGAUGUUGUUAUGACAACUAGUCUUUCAUCAGAUGUUCCCGUGGGAUAUUUCUCUUGGGCUGAGUAUGAUUUAAUGGCUCCAGUGCAGCCAAAAACUGAAAGUGCUCUUGCAGCCCCCUUCAUUUCCAAUUGUGGUUCUUGCAACUUCCGCUUGCAAGCUUUGAUUGGACUUUAGAAAGCGAACGUUGAAAUUGAUUCUUACGGUGGUUGUCAUAGGAACCGUGAUGGAAGAGUGGCCAAAGUACAAACUUUGAAGCACUACAAAUUUAGCUUGGCUUUUGAGAAUUCAAAUGAGGAGGAUUAUGUCACCGAAAUUUUUUUCCAGCAUCUCGUAGCUGGUUCUAUCCCUGUGGUCAUUGGUGCACCUAAUAUCCAAGACUCUGCUCCUUCUUUGGGUUCGCUAUUGCAUGUCAGGGAGCUAAAAGAUGUUGAUUCAGUUGCCAAGACCAUGAAAUAUCUUGCUGAAAAUCCCAGUGCAUACGAGUCAUUAAGGUGGAAGUUUGAAGGGCCUUCUGAUUCUUUUAAGGCCCUUGUUGAUAUGGCAGCAGUUCACUCAUCUUGUCGUUUGUGCAUUUAUUUGGCUACAAAGAUCCAAGAGAAAGACGAGGAGAGUCCAGAAUUUAGAAAACGCCCCUGCAAGUGUACAAGUGGCUCUAGGACUACAUAUCACAUUUAUGCAAGGACAAGAAGGAGGUUUGAGAUGGAGUCCAUUUUCUUAAGGUCAGACAACUUGACCUUGGAGGCCUUAAAUUCUGCUGUUCUUUUGAAGUUCAAGUCUAUGAAACAUAUGCCGAUUUGGAAAUCUGAGAGACCCAAAGGCAUAUGGGGAGGGGAUGAGCUCAGAAUUUACAGAAUAUAUCCUGUUGGAAUGAAACAGAGACAAGCAUUAUAUACCUUCAAAUUCGAAGGAGAUUCUGAUUUCAGGAAUUACAUAGAGAGCAACCAAUGUGCCAGCUUCGAAAUCACAUUCAUAUAGGUUGAUGUCCUGAUACAUUUGGCUUGCAUUCCUGGCUAAUUGCAGCUUUCCUGACUAAAUUCUGAGAAAAGGGAUCUCGUCUGGGUUGAUUGCUCGUCCCUUUUAACGUUCAUUAUUGUAGGAGUCCCAGUUGGCGCAUAGCUCGUCUUUUCUCAUCUAGUUGUCACGUUGUACUCAUUAUUUUUUCACUCUAUAUAAUUCCAUGUAUAAAGGUGAAAUAGGAUAUAUUGCAAGUGCAUAGUGUUAGCUCUUUUCUUACACGGGGGCAUUCGGAUUAGCAAUGAUAUUGCUUGUCCCUUCUCAAAGUUCAGUGCCACUCUUUUUUUUA